AUGGACUAUUACUUUCUGAGUAAGCCAAGGAGCGCAGAGAAAGACUUUGGACGUCUUGACGUUAAAACAGUGAUCCAAAAUAACCGGCUGCCGGUUUCGGCGGUUAGAAGGGGGGAGGAUUCUUGGUCGCUUGAUAUCAGCGUGGGCGGCCUUGUCAGCGCUCUGCUUGGGGUAAAGGAGGUAGACGCUAAAUGGAUCGGAUGGGUCGGUGUAAAUGUGCCAGAUGAAAUUUGGCAGAGAGCUCUUACAAAAGCUCUAGCUGAAAAGAGAUGCAUUCCAGUUUUCCUUGAUGAGGAAAUAGUGCACCAAUAUUACAAUGGAUACUGUAACAACAUCCUAUGGCCUCUCUUCCAUUACCUCGGACUCCCUCAAGAAGAUCGAUUAGCCACAACCCGUAGCUUCCAGUCUCAGUUUGAUGCAUACAAGAGGGCAAACCAGAUGUUUACUGAUGUUGUCAAUGAGCACUAUGAAGAGGGGGAUGUUGUUUGGUGCCAUGAUUAUCAUCUAAUGUUUCUUCCCAAAUGUUUGAAGGAAUAUAACAGCAAGAUGAAAGUUGGAUGGUUUCUUCAUACACCGUUCCCUUCUUCUGAGAUUCAUAGGACUAUUCCAUCUCGUUCAGAUUUGUUGAGAUCUGUUCUUGCGGCUGAUUUAGUUGGGUGAACAACUUUUUUUUGACUGAAUACUUUUGUGUGUGUUUUCUGGUGUUUGCUUAGCACAUGGCUUGAUAUUCCAUGACACUCUACAUUCCACUAUCUUCAACUUUUCUGCCACAUGAUAUACACAAAGUAAGGCAUAUGCUUAUGGAAUUCAGUGGGCAGCUAAAGUAUUCCUUUCUAUUCACAGAUACGAAUACAAACAAACAUUUUUGAAGUAGUUUUCUGUAUAUUAUAUUUCUUGGACUAUGAUAUGGUUAGAUUUUCCUGUGAAUGUAAGAAUGUUAUGAGUACAUUUAAAAAUAUAUAACCAGUUAAAAGUAUUUUUUUUUCA